AUGUCCAAGCCUAUUCAGCAGAUCAUCAAACGGGCAUGUUUGGUGAUUAUCGUUGUUAAUGCAAUCUAUUUAUCUAGUUGUUUGAUCUUUUACUCGAAGGAUAAUGAGUCAAUAACUCAAUCAAUCAAGAAUAGUAUCUUCACACCUACAUACUCAUAUGCCCAUAUGAAGGCAAGCGAUCAAGACGAAGCGACUGCAACAGAUUAUUGGGAAGAAAUCAAAAAAUUACUUAAAAGGGUUGAGCUGAAUGAAGACAAUAAAUAUUGGUUGACUGAUGCUAACAUAUCACAUACAAACUUGAAAGUCAAUGCAAAUGACUUUACAAAUAAUACCCAGAGCGAAAAUUCAUGGAAUAAUAAGAAUAGCAUAUUUUAUGAUCCAAGGUUAACGCUAUCUCUUUAUAUCAAUUAUAUAAAGCAUAAUUAUGGAAAAGACGGCGAUCAAGAGGACUUAAGGGUGCCUUUUGAUUGGGCAGAUUGGGUUGAUUUAACCUUAUUGAACGAAGACUUAGCUAAGCCUUUGGCUGAUAGAAGGAACUGUGACUGGAUCAAAAAGUUUACCAAGAUUGACCAAAAUUCUGAUAUUUCUGCAAUAAAAUGUAUGGACAACUCCGAUUUAUCUCCAAAUUUACUCAAAGACUUAGGAUUUGACUCCCAUGAACAACUACCGGGUUAUGUGAUUUAUGGGUAUUGUGAGAAUAGGGCAUUUCAUGAUACUAGGAUCGCUCAGGGUAAAUCUUAUAUUUUCACCCAUUUGCAAAAUCCAUAUAAAUUGGUUUUCUUGAAUAAAGAUGGUGGUACAUAUGAGGUUAAUGUUGAAGACUCAAAGAAAGGUAUUGCUAAGUCUGGUUUAAUGAAUGAAUAUUUAUCAAACAAUUUUGCAAACAAUAAAGAUGUAUUAAAGAAAAUAAACGUUGAAGGUUCAGAAUUAAAUAUAGAUUUUAACCCAUCUAAAGAAUUUGAAUCUUUGAAAAAAAAUAAAGUCCAACCAAAGCAUUUAAAACCUCAUGAAGAUCCAUAUCAAAUGUAUCAGUUGCUACACGACAAGGAUAUUAUUAAAAGUCCUAAUUUACAUUUACCUAAGGAAGCAUUCCGUUAUUCUAGUUCAAUAGUACACGAGAAGUUUACAUUGUUAGAAAGAUUAAGGAAUCUACAAGACCUAACUAGAAAAGAGAACGCUUUUUAUAAUUCUUUAAAACUUUCUAGAGAGCAUAAUGGAAAUAAUGAACCGCCAUAUUUCCAAAUGUCAACUUUAGCAGUUAUUGGAGAUCCUCAUAACGUAGAUAAAGACCAAGGGUGGCAUUAUGACUGGAGGUUCUUCAAUGGUGGUUUAAAUUAUGAAAGAGAAGGGUGGACUCAGACCGAAUUAACAAUUCGUACCAAUAUCAUUUUAGAGAGAUUGGUUCGCAAUUGGUUCAGAUUUGCUGAAGAAAAGGGGCUUGUUUCUUGGCUAAUGCAUGGACCAUUAUUAUCAUGGUAUUGGAAUGGUUUAACUUUUCCAUUCGAUAAUGAUAUUGAUAUCCAAAUGCCGGUAAAAGAGUUAGUUAGGUUAGGAGAAUAUUACAAUCAGACACUUGUCAUCGAGGACUCAGAGGAAGGAUAUGGAAAGUAUUUGAUUGACGUUGGAACGUUUAUUCAUAAUAGAGACAUAAGCACAAAAGGUAAUCAUAUUGAUGCAAGACUUAUAGAUGUUGAUUCUGGGAUUUAUAUUGAUAUUACCGGAUUAAGUACAAGUAAUGCUGCAGUACCACAACUAUAUUAUAGUAACGGAAUGUUUGGUGAUAAUGAAAGAGACAUGGAAAAGUUCAAUGAUAGAAGGAAGCAUUUUUACACGUUAAACCAAUUAGCCCCCUUGAAAUAUUCAAUGUUAGGAGGAGUUCCAGCUUAUGUACCAAACCAAAUAUCAUCUAGAUUACAGUUUGAGUAUCCUAGUGGCUUAACAAGACCGGAAUAUUUAAAAUGGCAUUUUGUCCCAAAAUUAGGAUUAUGGUUAUCUGAAAAUCAACUAAAAGGUGCCUUUGAUGUAAAUGAUUAUAGCGUAUCACUAUUCCAUGAUUCGCAAGUGGAUAAAGUUAGCAUGAUGGAGUUAGUGCUCGAUAUGUCGGAUGAGGAAAUGUACAAGUUAUUGAAAAGUGAUGAUAUGAUUUUAAGUGAAUAUUACAAUACCCAAAAGUUGACCAAAUUACAUGAAAUGGAAAAGAAAUACUUGUUUGAUAUUAAGAAUGAAUCAUCGUCGGAGACUGGAACCAUCGAUAUUAUAGUUGAAGAUAACAAUGAAUUAAAAACAAAUACGAAAUUGGAACUCGAAUAUAAUAAAUUCGUUAACAAGAAUUUUAAAAUGCAUAAACCUUCCACAAUUUCUUUGUUCCAAUAUGAGAGAUUCGAACAGCCAUUGCAUCACAAAAAAUAG